GAGAGGAGACUGUGGCAGAGAGGGGGAGAGAAAGUCGAAAAGUUACAACACCUUGCAACAGCAAACAACAAAACCUAGGUCACUCAAAGGAACACACUGUGCUCAUCAACACAACGAUAAGAAUAGAUUAUCCUUUUGAGCCUUGACUUCUUCCCAACAACUAUGGAGUGCUUGAAAAGAUUCUUCUGCUGCAACUGCAACUGCAGACGACGCACAGUAGUUUCCAAACUCGUUCCUGCAUUGAUGCAGCUCCUGGUCGUCCUGUUCGUCUGGUUCAUCUUUCGCACCAGUACCUUAGACCAAAGGGAACACUUUGAACUCCUGAGAUCCUCACGAGACAACGGAAGGAGUUGGGACGAAGGACUACCCCCCUGCUCUCCAGGGGACUACAUUCGAGGGAAAUCAUUACGAUUAAAUACCUUAAUGUCAGGCACUCACGUGCUGGCAGCUAUACGCGACGAUCAGCCGCAGUUCCUAAACGUAGAGGUCAUAGUUCGUGACCUUGAGCAGGGGACAUUGGUACUGUAUCCAAUAGGCACACCCGUGACCUUUGGUGGAAGUAGUGCUCUCGAUGAUGCAAGAUCUGACAAUGAUUAUUACGAAUACGAUGAUGGUGACAAUCUAAAACGAGCAGACUCGAUGGUUGAGGUGGACAUUCAAGCCGCGAAGGCGGCAAUAAAGGGCGGACGUGAGCAAGAAUCCUAUGGGCAGCAGGUGAAUUAUGAGAACUUUGUCAAUGCGAAUGACAAUUUCAAAUCUGAUCUCAAUGGGAGGCAAGAUGAAAAUGUUGGGCAGUCUUCACAGAAAUUCCCAUCUGCGACAGGGAGUCAAAAUGCCUUUAACAACAUGAACACUGCUGCGGGUAUCCCUGGUCAAAGUAUGGCUUCAAUGACUGACAAAAUGAACAUACCACAGAAUACACAGGGAGUUGCUGCAGGCACCCAUAUAUCAAAUCUACAAAAACAAAGCUUGUCGAAUUUAGGCCAAGGGAAUUUCGUACAAAGCGGACUUCCAUUUCAACAACAAGUAGAAACUGGUAUAGGAAACCAAAAUGGGCAACAACAGCAACAGCAGCAGCAACAACAACAGCUGCAACAACAACAAAACCAGCAAAAUUUUCCAAAAAAAGGUAAUUCACAAGAUAGCUCUUAUUCUUCAUCUGUGGCAGACAGAACUGGAUUUGCUAAGGGCAGCUCAGUUGCCCAAAACUCAAUUUCUUCAAACAAAGUUGAUGCAGUUUUCGAUGAAAAUGGACCACUCUAUACAGACGGAUUUCAUGAAAGGGUCGCAUCGUUUAGGACGGAAUAUUACGGCAAACCAGUCGAAACGCCUGUGUUGGAUGCGUCUUCCAAUCUACUAUUGAACAACCCAAACGCAUGUCAGGGCGAGAGAGAUGUGGACAUUUUGUACCUCGUUCACGCACAGCCACAGAGCGACGAGCAGAGACAAGGGAUCAGAAGCACAUUUGUUCAGAGUGAUGUGUUCAAGCCGUUCCACAUCGCGUAUGUGUUUCUGGUGGGUAGAACAACGUCCCCAAACUUUCAGAACAAGCUGAACAGGGAGCAUGAACAGUAUGGGGACAUUGUUCAGGGGGAUUUCAUGGACAAACCGGAAAACGCGACGAGAAAGGGGAUUAUGGGAAUGGAAUGGGCCAUACAGUAUUGCAAAAGUGCGAAAUUUAUUAUGAAGAUUGACGAGGACGUCUUUGUAGAUUCGGACAAACUUUUACGAGGACUGAUUCCUGCAGCUGCCAAGGUGAUUGGACCACGUGCCAUGUUGUGUUUUUUCAAUCUGGACGCACCAAUCCCACGGUCAGGCACGCGGGCCUUCAGCCUUGACCUCUUUCCGCAUAGCUCUACUCUCCGACCCCACUGUCGAGGAUUUGCUGUGCUCAUGACACGAGGCGUCCUCUCCAGUCUUUUGGCGGCUUCUCGUCAAACGCCGUUUGUGCACCUUGAAGACGUCUACUUAUACGGUAUCCUCCCUUUCUUAGCGGGACACAUCGAAGUCUAUGACGUGGGCAACAAACGUGCGUUCCACGACUUCGGCAUGGAGGUUGUGAAUUGCUAUCGAGACUAUCGUGUCAAAUGUCCCUUCGUUGCUUCUAAAGCGUUCAGCGCGAGGUUCACGAACUUGUGGGACUUCGUCAAAGAGAGGAUGACUGUGCCUCACACAGGCUGGGAGGACGAGCGGUCACUAUGGGAUGUGCGUAGCUUUAGGACAAAGUUUUAGAGAGAAGUAUGGGGAGUACAUUUCUGUAUUAUUUUGUGUUCUGUUGUCUAGUAUAAUGUGUUUGUAUGCUUGGAGUCCGUUUCAGUCGUUCAUGUGCAAUAAAUUAUUAGGUGUAUCUAGAACAUCACUCUCAUCAAUGUACGACGACAAUGGUUAUUUAAUUAAAACUGACUCAUCAUAGCGUCCAUUAUACUCUGGCCUACACCAUGCUAUAAACACAGUUCAUAUGGUUACAAAUGUUUGAGUUACAUAAAAAAGAAAAUCCUUGAAGCCUUUUUCCAGAAUUGACACGGAAUUCUGAGUUCUUUUUCUAUUGUUUGCUAAUAAUAAAUUGCUUUGACCUGUAUGAAAGCAUGCUGUCAUUAAAUUUCUUUCGCAGAUAAAGAACCACGUUUAAUAUGCGAACGCGUUUUAUACAAUUCAUAUCCUGUUUAAUGGUGUUUUUUAAAGUAGUAUGUUUUGUGCUGGCCUGUAUAAAAAAAAAGACUUUAUUGUGAAACUGUAAGCCACUUUAGACAGAACUUACUGAAUUUAAAAAAGAUACUCCCUUAGAAACAGGCUGAAUGACUUUUUCACUUCAAAGUACACUUUAACAUGACAUGAAAUACUAUAUAAGUACAGGUGUUGAGUGUCACAUAACGAUAAAGAAUUAGAAUUGUUAAAACAUUGGUCCUCACUGCAGUCUGCUCUUUGGCAAUACAAGUUAACUCCAGCUAAAAACAGUUUUCUGCACGCUAUUUUUUGAAGAAAUACAGAGAUUUCUCAGGAUUUGUAUGUGGGCACUAGACUAUGAAUGACACACCGAAUGGUUAUAUAAAACCGUAACACUCUCUAAUUAUUUAUGGCCCAUAAACACAUAAUAUGUACAAUGCAUUUAUUAUUGGUCCUGACAACUUAAAUUAUACAGAAUAGGGUAAAAAGUUUGCUGCACUGUGUCGAAAAGCAGUGAUGUGUUUAUCUCUACGAGUUUGUCGACACUGUA